AGGCGCAUGUUCCCGUUCCUCAGCUUCAACCUUUCGGGACUCAACCCCGUGGCCCACUACAGUGUGUGCGUGGACGUCGUGUUGGUGGACCAGCACCACUGGCGUUACCAGGGCGGCAAGUGGGUGCAGUGCGGCAAGGCUGAGGGCAGCAUGCCAGGGAACCGCCUCUACCUGCACCCCGACUCGCCCAACACCGGCGCGCAUUGGAUGCGCCAGGAGGUUUCCUUUGGGAAGCUGAAGCUCACCAACAACAAGGGCGCAUCCAACAACGUCGGGCAGAUGAUCGUGCUGCAGUCACUGCACAAGUAUCAACCACGGCUGCAUGUGACAGAGGUGAAGGAAGGGGAGGGCGAAGCUGCGUACCCCUCCCCACAUACCCACACCUUCGCCUUCCCUGAGACGCAGUUCAUUGCUGUCACUGCUUAUCAGAACGCCGACAUCACUCAGCUGAAGAUCGACCACAACCCCUUCGCCAAAGGCUUCCGAGACAACUUUGAUUCGAUGUAUGGAGCCUCAGAGGGCGACCGCCUGACCCCCUCCCCACCGGAUGGCCCCGGCUGCCCCCAGCUGCUGCCGAGCCCCCGCUUUCAGCCCUUCCUGCAGGAGCAGUACCCGCUGCCCCCAGGGCGCUUCUACAACGGGGAGCGGGGUCCCCCCCUGCCCCUGCCCCCCAAGGACCCCCCCCGAUGGUACUUUGCCCCCCAGCAGCCACCCACCACGGCGAUGGAGUACGGCGGCUAUGAGGGGGGGUACGGCGGGGGCAAGCUGGUGCCCUAUGGGGUGAAGCCCUUCACCCUGCCGCCCGCCGCCCACCCACCCUGCCCUAUUACCCCCGAGGGGCCGGGGGCCUUCGGGGGGCCGGGGGGGAGCUGGGGGGGCACGGGGCAGUACGCACCCAAGGGCAACCCCGGGGCCCUGGGCUGGUACCGGGAGCCUCGUGAGGAGAAAGGCAAGGAGGAGGGCUGGGCCCCCGAGCCCCCUGCCGCCAAGCCGGGUGAUGCCGCCGAGCCUGGGCUGUACGAGGGGGGGUGCAAGCGGCGCCGUGUGUCCCCCUACCCCUCCAGCACUGAGAGCUCACCGCCGCCCGCAACGGGGACCUCUACGACAAGGAGCCGGGCACCGACAGCAGCU